GUUCCAGAUUAGAGAGAAAGAGAACAAGAGAGAGAGGAGUUUGCUGGACACAGGGCUCUCCUUGUUGUUGACCCAGGCUACGGCAUUCAGGCUAAUUUAAGGGAAGAGGAGGAGGAGGAGGAGGAGGAGAAAUUGGAAGCUGAGCUCGUAGUUUGAGAGAGGGAGGAAGGUGACUAAUAGUGAAUGUCACUCAGCCUACUGUAACUCGACUGGUGGAGGAAGGAGUGGCAGCACAACCAGUGAACCAGCAUAUGUAUGCAGUAGUUGGUCUAGCCCAGUCAGCAGACAACUGUCUGUCCCUGUCAGAGAGUGUGCACAUUAACACGUGGAUGAGCAGCUAUUUCUUGGAUAUGCAAUGUUGUCUUUGGGAUAGUUGGAGAGUUGCUGAUUGCCCUCCACUUACUCCAACGUCCAGAAAUGUAGUCAGCAGCGUAAGCAGAGCAUAUUCGUCUUUGUGAAUUCAUCUUUUCCUCUCAAACAGCUUCCUCUACCUCUCGGGCUGGACUGCGGUGCACUGACGUCGGCUCGCCCUCCCCUGCCCCCUCGGCCUUCAGCAAUGGCCUCACGCAUCGGGCUGCGGAUGCAGCUGAUGCGAGACCAGCUGCAGCAAGAGGAGCAGCGUGAGCGGCAGCAGCUACAGCAACAGCAGCAGCAACAGAAUGCAGCUCUGCAACCCUACAUGCAGCAUCGCAUGGGCGGGCCAACUGAACCCACUCCAGCCAUUAGCACCCCACAGCAUUACCAAAGCAUGCAAGUCCCCAUGGAGGUCCUUAAGGUACAGACCCACCUUGAGAAUCCUACAGACUACCACAUCCGUCAGUCUCGGAAGCAACAGGUGAAAGAAUACCUGUCUACCACCUAUGCCACCAAACAGACGGUCCAUGCAGUAGCAGGGCUGAUUCCACCCUCUCCUCCCACAAACAUGGGACCCACAGGGGGUUCAGCGUCUGCCCCCCCACCCCUCCAGUCUCCACACAUGCGCACUGAGCAGCUCAUGUCUGGCAACAGUGCACCCAACAGCCCCAUGGCCAUGCUCAACAUCGGCUCCAGCCACGAGAAUGAGAUGGAUGAGGUCAUUGAUGACAUCAUCAGCAUGCAGUCCAAUUACGAUGAUAUUCAGGCAUACAUUGACCCUGUCCAGAUGCCCAACACACUCCCUCUGUCUAGCAGUCACCUGGAUGUGUAUACAAGUCCUGGGAUGAAGGGGCCAGCCAUUGCUAUGACCAGUAACUCCUGUCCCGCCAACCUGACCAUCAAACGAGAACUGUCAGACACAGAAGCCCGUGCACUGGCCAAGGAGAGACAGAAGAAAGACAACCACAAUCUGAUUGAAAGGAGGAGGAGAUUCAACAUCAAUGAUCGUAUUAAAGAGCUGGGCACCAUGAUCCCCAAAACCAAUGACCUUGUGUAUAGUGAUGUGCGCUGGAACAAAGGCACUAUAUUGCGGGCAUCUGUCGAGUACAUCAAACGCAUGCAGAAGGAUGUGCAGAGGACCAGAGAGGUGGAAAACAACUUCAAGAGGAUGGAGAUGGCCAACAAACAGCUGUUGCUACGCAUCCAGGAGUUGGAGAUGCAGGCUCAACUGCAUGGCCUGCCCAACACCUCUCCCUCUGGCCUUAACUCGACUGACCUGAUGGCCCCCUAUAUAAAACAAGAGACCAGCCCAGAGGAGAAGCUUUCUCACCCCCAGGUACAAGCCCAUCACCAGCCCCAGCACCUAUCCCAGAACCAGGCUCAGCCCCAGGCCCACCAGCACCACUUCCUCCCACAAAACCACCUCCACCUUCAGGGCCAGGCUCAGCCUCAGCCCAGGCAGCUGCCGCCACUCCCCCAGCACCUCCAGCCCCAGCCACCCAUCCAGUUCCCAGCUGUAGGCAGCUCCCAGCCCUUUGACUUUGCCCAGUCGCUGGACUUGUGCGAUGGGAUACCAGGCUUCUCAGACGGCAUGUCGGGGCUGGGCGACCUGGGUGGACUGGACGUCCAAGGGAGGAGAGGCGAGCUGGGCUUCCUAAUGAUGGACGAGCCCUUGUCCCCAAUGGGCGGAGACCCGCUGCUCUCUGCUAUGUCCCCUGAAGCCUCGAUCGACUCCAGCCGCAGAUCCAGCUUCAGCAUAGAGGAUGGAGACAUACUCUAGACACAUGCGCGUACACACAUACACACAUACAUUCAUACAAGCACACGCAUGCACGUGCAUAGGUUUCACAGAGGGUGCAGUAAAAAUGUAAACAGCUUGAAAAACUGUGACACAAGUACAACACAUACAACAAAAAGAAAUCAGGCACUAGACAUCAUAUCAGAUAUUCACCUAGCACAAACUCACAACAUGCUGCACAUACUAUACACAUCACACAAUUUGAACAUACACCAAUGACACUCAUUUGUUGUACAAUUAUCUGGUAACGGUACAAGCAAAAGAAGGUACAUAGCUCUCACACAGUCUCAAACAUUCUCUAUAGUGCAACCAUCUGUGCACAUGCACGAGUGAGUGUGAGAUAACCUGAGCAGCUUGAAACUUUGCCCAACAGACUGAGCAUUUACAAGGGGUGAACCAACACUGCCAGGUCAGGAGUUAUAUAGCGCACUUGGCCUUGUUUCCAUAAAGGUGGCUCUGAAUCAUAAUUGAACAAGGGACAAAAACCAGCAGUUAAUUAGAUUGAAGUUAUCAGAUACAAGGACAACCAAGUGCAUUGUCUCACCCAAUAGAGGACAAGUUAUUUUCCCCUUUACAUCACCCCCUUUUAGGAACCAUAAAUGAUUGAAUGAACGAUAGCGAAUAAAAUGGAAAUAGCUUUAUGGUCCUGCAUGCAUAAUUUAUCUUAAGGGGAUGCAGUCCAGUCACAUUGCUCUGUUCCUCAGUCUGUUAUUCCUCAGUUUUCUGUGGAAUUACAGAUAGCGCUAGCUGUUUGGUGUUUGACAAAGAUCUGUUUUAGAUGUAAUUGCUGUCUCAUCACAAAUACGUAGACACACACUGCUGUCCCUCAGUUUCUACACCUUUAACACUUUACACUAUCAUGAUGCUUAGCCACAGACACUGUUAAGUGUGUUGACUUUGGAAAGAGCAUGAAGAAAGAAAACCAUCUGAUGGUCUUCAAAAAACAGUGUCAUCCAAAUCUAUGAAGUGUCAAAAUACUCAGGUAAUGUAACAGAAUACACAAGCAGGAUUGUUUGUAAGUAGAAGCAGAUGUUAACCUGAACUGUGUCUAGGCCAUGACCCCUAUCAAUGUGCCUUUAGAUUUUUGCAGCUGCUGCUCCUCAAAGGCAUGCUUUUAUAGGUUAGAGGUCAUGACCAGGGUUUAGACUUAAUAUCAAGCUCAGUAAUGCCUGUAAAUGCUUUGGAGUUUGCUUCUAUACCAGCUAUAUCUUUAUUAAUGCAGGAGAUAAACAGUUAAAGUUUCAUUCACCAAGUGACUUUGUAGGGCUUGCACUAGAGGCCCAGAUGAAGGAAAGAUAGAGUAACAGAGUUUGAAACUGCAGAGAGAGAGAGAGAAAGAGAUAGUUUGUCCCAGCUGAAAGCGGCAGUAGUUGUGGUCUUCACUGUAAAAUCGCAGCAUAAGCACACACUUGCAUGCAUUCACGCCCUCAUGUGGCUCCUGAAAAAAGGCAUGCCUUAAGCACACACAUGCCCGCCCAGUACACACACACAGUGCAUUACAGUGCUCACACACACACAUGAAUACACAUACGUACAGUGCAGUGUGCCUUGAGGCUGUUUUCAGAUCAGCACAUUAACAAGUCCUCUGUGCUUCAGUCUCUCCCCUGAUGAGCCGAGUGAAGCUGCCAGCUGCAGAGGUAAAUCGCAGGCCCGCAGUUCAAGCUGCCACACAAAGGGAAUCCGUUAUCCCACUGGCUACUGUUGUUGCAGCGUGGCUGAGGCAGGUUGAGGUGUACCUGAGUUGUAUCUCUGCUGUGGUAAACCUGGGGCUUGGCUCUGAUUUGAUAUAGCUUAUGAUCA